CGGGGCGGGGCGGCGGAGGGGGCCGCCGCCGCCGCCGCUGCUGAGGAACAUCAAUAAUAACAAGGUGAGCGCAGAGCGAGGGAAGGCGGCUGCGAGGAGAGAGGCAUUUCCCCUGCUGCAAGGGACGCAGACGCCACGGCCCUGGGAAUUAGAGCUCUCGCCGCUGCAACCCUUUCCGCCGGGAUGGGACGCUAGGAUCGUUUUCCUUCUACUUCUCGCUCUUCUUAAUUUUUCCUCCUUUUUUUUUUUUUUUUUCAUUUUCAAUUUUUUUAUCCCCCCCCCCCCCCCUCGCCGUUUCGCAUCAUUUCUCUGGCCAGAAAAUCCCCCCCAACAUGGAGGCCCUUUGAUGCCCCCGCCAGCGGAGCCGGCUCCUCCCGCGGCUCUGGGAAGCCCUCCGGGCCGUGCCCUGAUUUUCCGAGGGCCGCCCCCGGCGCUCGGCCCGGGCGCUGAGGGGGGGCUCCCCGCCGCCCGGCCCGCUCCGGUCCCGCGGCGCUGAGCCGGCAGCCCGCGCCCCGCCGGGCGGGAUGCCGCUGCGGCGGCCAGAAAGCCCCGCUGCCGCCUGACGGGGGGCUCUUCCUUCCUUCCGACGACGGGAACCUGAAUGUCACCCCCGCGGCGGCCGCCCGCGACGGAGGCGGCGCGGGACAUGCCCAGCGCGGCGUGAGGGGCGCAGCCGGCUCCUCGGGGCGGCGGGGCAGUUUUCGGUUAUUGCUGGUUUUUUGUUUUUUGUUUUUUUUUUUUUUUUUAAUUUAUUUAUUUGGGCCCCCCAGCUCAACCCCAAAGCGCGCCCCGAAGCACACCCCCGGCACAGCGCAGCGCGGCGCCGAGCGGGACCGGGAGGAGUGAGCGCUGCUUGGCGGGGAGCGCGGAAGACGAGGUGGGGAGCGGCCCCCGGCCCGGCCCGGCCCGUACCCGGGUUAAUCGGUAACGCUGUGCAAACCCAGGUGGAAAAUGCGCCGUGCUCCGGACUAGGAGGGAGGAGAUGGUGCAGUGCCCCCAGCCGCUCUGAGCGCCUAGCCGAGAAGACGCUGGGGUGUGUGUGCGUGUCGUUCGGGGCUUGGGUUUUUUUUUUUUGUUAUUUUUUGCCUUUGCUUUUUUUUUUUUUCCCCCUCUCCUUUUUCUUUUUUUUUUUUCUUUUCCCCAGAAGGAAAGAAAACCCUACCAAGAUUCUCAGAUGGCUUAAAAAAUUUAAUAAUAAUCUGUGAAAAUAUGAAGUCGACCGGUUCUUGAUUUCCCCCCUUCCCUCCCCUCCAGCUCCCCAGCCCACUGCUGAGAUUGAGAUAAAAGGACCCGUUUCCUGGAGGACGAGGAGAACAGACACGUUUCUGGUGGUGUAGAAGGGACCGAUGGCAAUGCUUCAGAGUGUAGCGGAGACGCAGGAAAAGAGAUUCAACCUGUUAACAAAAAAUUAAGCAGGGGGAAAAUACCAACGGGAAGGAAAGAGAGAGAGAGAGAGAUACACACAUAUAUAUAUAUAUAUACAAUUUAGAAGUAUUCCCCAGGUGGCCACAAAGCAUGGGCUGUGCUCCAAGCAUCCACAUCUCUGACAGCAGAGUGGUCUAUCACAGUAGCAAAGAGUCUGAGGAGUGCAAUUCCCCUCACCAGACCAACACAACCAUGUCUCAACAGCAGCAAGGCAACCCUGUCCCAGGAUUAUUCAUUAAAUCCUCCAACACAUCCACUUAUAAGGUGAGGACUAAUUCCUCUAAGAAAGACAAGAGGGAGAACAGCCAGAGCAUGGAGGCAGAGACCCAGACCAGCAGAUCCAGUGUUAAGGCACCAGUAACAGAUGUGCAGUUUGGCCCUAUGAGACUUCAUCAAAAUCAACUUCAGGUACUUCUAGUGUUUGCCAAAGAAGAUAACCAGAGUAAUGGGUUCUGUUGGGCAUGUGAGAAAGCUGGAUUUCGAUGUAAUAUUGCCAGGACACCUGAGUCUGCACUAGAAUGUUUUCUUGAUAAACACCAUGACAUUAUCAUUAUUGACCAUAGACAUUCCAGAUACUUUGAUGCAGAAGCAUUAUGCAGGUCUAUCAGAACAACGAAACCCUCAGAAAAUACAGUCAUUAUUGGUGUAGUACGAAGGCAUGCCGAUCGUGAAGAGUCAUCAAUAUUGCCCCUGAUCUCUGCUGGCUUCACAAGGAGAUAUGUAGAAAAUUCUAAUAUAAUGGCCUGUUACAAUGAGUUGAUUCAGCUGGAAUUCGGAGAGGUGCAGGCACAAUUCAAACUAAGGGCAUGUAAUUCAUUAUUUACAGCAUUAGAGAAAAGUCAAGAAGCCAUUGAGAUCACAAGUGAAGACCAUGUAAUACAGUACGUCAAUCCUGCUUUUGAAACAAUGAUGGGCUAUCAAAUAGGUGAACUAAUAGGAAAGGAAUUAACAGAAGUGCCUAUAAAUGAAAAAAAAGCUGAUUUCCUAGAUACUAUUAAUUCCUGCAUAAAGAUAGGAAAGGAAUGGCAAGGAAUGUACUAUGCGAAAAAGAAAAAUGGAGAUAGCAUACAACAAAAUGUGAAGAUACUACCUGUCGUUGGACAGGGAGGAAAGAUUAGACACUAUGUGUCAAUUAGUAGACUGUGCAAUGACAACAAUAAGGCGGAGAAGACAUGUGAACGUGUUCAGGCUGAAUCUCAGACAGAUAUUCAGACUGGCAGACACAAAGACAGGAGGAAAGGAUCACUAGAUGUCAGAUCCACAACAUCAAGAGGGAGUGAUGGCAGCUCACAAAGGCGGCACUCUUCUAUGGCCAGGAUACAUUCCAUGACUAUUGAAGCACCCAUCACCAAGGUAAUAAACAUCAUCAAUGCUGCACAAGAAAGCAGUCCCAUGCCAGUUGCAGAAGCUUUAGACCGGGUUUUGGAGAUUUUAAGAACCACUGAAUUGUACUCUCCACAACUGGGAACAAAAGAUGAGGAUCCACAUACAAGUGACCUUGUUGGAGGGUUAAUGACAGAUGGUUUACGAAGAUUAUCAGGGAACGAAUACAUAUUGUCAGCAAAACAAACUCAUCAGGUUGCUGGCAGUUUGAUCUCUCCAAUCUCCCUCAAUGACAUACCCCCACAGAUAACACAAGCAAUGGAAAAUGAAGAACACUGGGAUUUUGAUAUCUUUGAACUUGAGGCUGCCACCCAUAAAAGGCCUUUGGUUUAUCUGGGUCUCAAAAUAUUUGCUCGCUUUGGAAUCUGUGAAUUCCUAAACUGUUCAGAAUCAACUCUGAGGUCAUGGUUACAAGUUAUUGAAGCUAACUACCAUUCCUCCAACUCCUACCAUAAUUCUACUCAUUCAGCAGAUGUACUACAUGCCACUGCUUAUUUCUUGUCUAAAGAAAGAGUAAAGCAAACUCUGGAUCCAAUUGAUGAGGUUGCCGCACUCAUUGCUGCCACAGUCCAUGAUGUGGAUCACCCAGGAAGAACAAAUUCUUUCCUGUGCAAUGCUGGCAGUGAGCUAGCAAUUCUCUACAAUGACACUGCAGUGCUGGAGAGCCAUCAUGCUGCCCUGGCUUUCCAGCUCACCACCCGGGAUGACAAAUGCAAUAUAUUUAAAAACAUGGAGAGGAAUGAGUAUCGAACCCUUCGCCAAGCCAUUAUUGACAUGGUCUUAGCAACAGAAAUGACAAAGCACUUUGAGCAUGUCAACAAGUUUGUCAACAGCAUUAAUAAGCCCUUGGCAGCGCUAGAAGAAAAUGGGAAUAAUGGUGAUGGAGAGUCAAUCAAAACUGUUCUCACGUCUCCUGAAAACCGGAUCCUUAUCAAACGUAUGUUGAUAAAGUGUGCUGACAUUUCCAAUCCAUGCAGACCCAUAGAACAGUGUAUAGAGUGGGCUGGACGCAUCUCUGAGGAGUACUUUGCACAGACCGAUGAAGAAAAGAGGCAAGGUUUACCUGUUGUGAUGCCAGUUUUUGACAGAAAUACUUGCAGCAUCCCCAAAUCCCAAAUAUCAUUCAUUGAUUACUUCAUUACUGAUAUGUUUGAUGCCUGGGAUGCAUUUGCAGACCUGCCAAAUUUGAUGCAGCAUCUGGAUAAUAACUUUAAAUACUGGAAAGGACUAGAUGAAAGGAAGCUGCGGAGCCUUCGACCACCACCAGAAUAGCAAUUAAACCAUGGUGUGUAAUUUACUAACCAGAUGCAUAUUUAUUCAAGCUCACUUUUAUUCAUGUGAUUUGAGAUUUGUUUUGGUCUCUUCAGUAUUACAGUAAGGCUAGCCCAUGCACUUGGGGAACUUUCAAAUUCAAGAGAACAUGAGGUCAGCAGUUGACUUCCACAAACUACCAUGUGUGGACUCCAAUGAAAUAAGCCUACCAAGUGGAAUUACACUGGAUUGCUGCAGUACUUGUCCUGAAGAGGGUUUAUUAGUGAACAUAUUUUUGUGAUAUCUUCAUACCAGUAUGUGAAGCUGGAAGACCUUGAAGAAUCCUCAUAAAAAGGACAUUCACUAGAAGAUUUUGCUUAAUCCUCAAUCCUGCAAGUGAAAAAGAAUUAUCUAUUAAUAGAGACUCACGGCUUUUAUGAGAAAGCUACAUGCUUUUUAUAAGCACUUAAGACAGUUACAUAGAACAAUCAGACAUUUAAAAUGCAACUCUAUAAGAAGGAAUUUUUGAUCUAUGAAAAAUAGAUAUACUCUAUUUUUUCACAUCACAGAAGGUGCAAUCAUUCACUUCUGAGCACUACUGAAAGUGAGUUCUCUAAGAAAUUUAGUAGCAAAUGUAAAAAAUAACACAAGAAUUUUUGAGGUUGAUCGUUAGCAUCUAUGAUUAAAAUGAUACGUUUUAUUUAUUUUGUUAGAUGUUCGAUAUUUUCUAUGAAUUUAUAAAUACUUAAAAGCCAAAGCCAACUUUAGAUGCAUUACAAAUUUACAUGAUUCAUACUCAUUAAUAUACAUUUAAUUGAUGUACAGACCUUUUAUUUUCAUAAUGCAAAUACAAAAUACUAUACAAUGAUACAUUUUUAUUGCACUGUAAGGAUAGAUGUGUAUGUUUAAAUAUUGUCUGAUUUAUGUUAAUUAAAAUAAGUUUUAUUGAAAAGCUCUCACCUGAGAAUAGUAGAAUAAACGAGAAAUGUAUACUGUCUGAGCACCAGAACUGCAGUAGUUCUCCCACAAACCAGUGACGACCACCUGAUCUUCCCUUGGCUACAAAAAUAAUAAUAAUAUGUUGGAACUUUUUGUUUUCUCCCAUGAAAUUUUAUGACUGAAUUCCCUGUCAAAGUCUGCCUUAUUUUAUAUAGUAUUUCUACAAAGCAUUCCACAGCAUAUAUGAAGAGGUAAUACUAAACAUCUAAUGAAUUUCAACGUUUUAUAGCCUAUGUAUUUUCCUCUGCCAUGAAAGAAACAGAACAUAAAACCACCAACAAAAACCGUUAACUCAAGAAGUUUGUAAAGGCUGUGUACCUUCACAAUUUGAAUGAAACCUUCAUAGCAAGCACCAGAAAAUAAUAAAAUGUAUAUUUUAAGAAGCGUCAAAGUCCUAGCCAUUUCAUUUGAAACUUACAUUUACUUUGUAGUUUGCAGACUAACAGAUACAUGAAAUUCUUUUAAAAAUAACUAAGAUACUUGCUGUCUGGGGAAGGGAAGAGUUGAGGGGGUUGGACUGGCAUAAGGGUGAUGAAAGGUGGUACGUGGCUGUCAAGCCCCUGUAUUUGUGGCCAGCCCAUGGCAAGCCCAUCGAACCCUUGUGUGCCCUUGGACAAGUCUCUUCACAGCUAAAGGCAGUGCCACACUCUAUUCCACUGAAGGACUGAAAGAGUAUCCUGUCAGCCUUCCCGGUAGGCAGAAAGGCACUCCAGAAGCACUGAAAGAACUGCUGACUAUUGUCAGUGCAGAGGCAUUUUGAACUCUUCCUGAAGAAGCACAAGCAGGGGCAAGAUGGAUGAUGGAGCAAUUCAGGGACUGCAGCACUAGGAGCCUUAAAGCAGGCUCCUGUGCCUAGUUCAAGGAAGAGCUAUUCUGACUGCAUUAGAGGGAAGCUGCAUCACACCGUCAAUAUCUCCUCCACUUAUCUGCUGCAGUGGGGAUAGGAGAGAAAAAGUAACAGCAUAUGGGCCCAGAGAAUGUCUGCAGGAAGGGGAAUCUCCUCCCACACUUCCCAUAUAAACUUCAGUGAACUUAGCUUUGCAAACCCUGCAAAGCUAUGUGUUAGCAUCCUCUUUAACAAGAAAGGCAACUGAGUUAGAGGAGGCCAGAGGACCCAGAGCCACCAAGCAAAAUGGGUUUGACGCUUCUAAACACCUUUGAAGUCCUGGACCUUCAAGCCCUGCCUGUGGUUUAACAAUCCCUAAGUGCUUUACAAGAAGACCCACAGAGCCCUUUCACAGAGAUACUGGUCAGAGCUCCCGAGAAGCCAGAAAUCUGUCCUCCCUCCCCACUUUGUCCUGACCUCAGUGAGACCUGCGGGAGUGCCGAAUGCCAUCGGUGUGUGCACAUGGAGUCCCAGCGCCUGUCCCCAGCGGUGGCUGGUGCCAGCUAUUUCAGAUGCUGUUUACCGACCUGUCGCCGUGAUGUGCGUCUCGCCCGGACGCGCCCGCGGCCGUUGCCGUGCCGGGGCCGGUGAAGAGGCGCUCCUCCCGCAGCCCCUUCCCCGGGGCGGCAGGCCCGUGGGUCCCUCUGUUCCUGACUCCAGGACUGGGUGAGGAGGGACGCUGGACGUGCUGAAGGAUUAUGGUUUGGCCCUUACAGUCUCACAGGUGUCCUGCACUUCCCCCUGUCUGGUGGGCUUAUACAGAAAGAUGAGGUUGAUGUGAACUUCCAGCUUGGGUGCUGUACUGGUCUGAUCAGUAGACCCUGUAGUGGAAGUGGUGGCCUCCCUGUAAAGGAUUUAUAUAAAGAUAUUUCUGUUGCUGCCUUAGCUGUCCUGUACCAUGCCUAGCAAUGAUGACUGCGUCAUAUUCUGCUGAGCAGGCUGCUCCAUACUUAGCCAUCAGACCUGCAUUCUCCAACAGAUUCAUCAGGCUGGCAACGUAGUGAUGGAGCUCUUUGGUACCCGUAGAGUCCCACUCCAAGGGUUUCCAGGCACCUUGCGUUUAGCUCAGAAAAUCUGUCCUUGCAGCAGUCCUGUGAAGGGGUUGUGAAACCCUGGGGACUCCCAGGGCAGUUCACCAGUUGAAAAAUAUUUUGGAUUGGGUUCUUGUAUCAUCUGAAGUGAAUGGCUAAUCCUGGCGCCGGGAUACAGAUGUCUACUCGAGAGUGUGGUGCUCUAUUUUUUGCAGAUAAAGGUAAAACAUGUUCCAGUGGGUGGUGGCAGUUGGACCCUGUAUCAAGGCACACAUUUUUAAGCGAAGAAUGGUGCUUUCUCGCCACUUCGUUCCCUGGCAGAGGAGCUGUACGCUUUAGCUGCUGUUCUCUGGUAUGGCCUUGCCAAUGUCGGCAGGGCUCACGUGGCCACCUCCUGCCCGCUGCAUUGGCAGUGGUUGCGGGCUGAGUCACCUGUUUCUGGUGGACACGAGUUGUGCUCAGUGCAAGAUGUAGCAACUGAAAGUCUCUGGCCUGCCUUACAGGAGGUCUGACAAAGUGACCAUAAUAACCCUUUCUGCCCUGGAAAUCUCUGAAUUCCUGGUAGGCCAAGAAAUGACUCUGUACUUACAUAGCUCAGUGUUGCUAAACCUGUCUUAUUUUAAGGCUUGCAAACCAAAUAGAUACCCAAGAGAAGAUGGUACUAAUCACUGCUGUAAUGACAUAUUCAACUCUGGUUUUUAUGGUUGCUGCAAAGCCUAUUUUGGGGAGACUUUUUUUAAGCUCUUUGGGGAAGAACAGACAAGCUUUUGGCAUGCAAUUCUACAUCAAAUCUCUUCAGUUUUGCUAGGCUGUGUUUAUUUGUAAGACCCUGUAUAUUGUAGAGGCCGCUGCCCGUUCCUGACUAUUCCCUAGAAUGAAAACUUGAAACAAUGAUUUUUGUAAUGAAUGUGCAAUAAAUCUGUGGAAAAGA